GCAAUUAUUUGGCCGGUGUACUUAAAACAGUGAUUGAGUGAAUUUUUUUUUUCGAAUUACAAUUAAAACUAGAUGUAUACAUAUUGAAUUAGCAAUUUCAUUUAUAUAAAACUAUUGUUAUAACAUACAAAUCAAAAACUGCAGUGUACAUUAUUAGGUGCCUUUUCAAGUUGCGCAAUUAAGAUUACAACUUUGAGGUUUAACAAUAUUUGCAACUAAUUUGGUUUUUCAUUAAUAAUUCGUUGCUUGAAAGAUGCCAAACGCUUUACGUUGGGGUAUUGCCGCGGCUGGCAAAAUAAGCCAUGAUUUUUGUGUUGCUUUAAGUACUUUGCCAUUUGAUGAACAUCAAAUGGUGGCCGUAGCUGCUCGCGAUCAAAAACGUGCCCAGGAGUUUGCUGAUAAACAUGAAAUUCCAAAAGCAUUUGGUUCAUACGCCCAGUUGGCGGAAUGCGAGGAUGUAGACAUUGUCUACAUAGGUGCUCUUAAUCCGCAACAUUAUGAAAUCUGUAUGCUAAUGCUGGAGCAUGGUAAAAAUGUAUUGUGCGAAAAGCCGUUGUGCAUCAAUCGUAAACAAGCCAAAAAAGUUAUACAAUACGCUGAAAUGAAAAAACUAUUUUUAAUGGAAGCCGUUUGGUCAAGAUUUUUCCCAGCCUAUCAGUAUUUACGCAAGCAAAUCGAAACAGGAGUGCUGGGAGAAAUUCAAGAAGUAAACGUAGAAUUUGGCUUUCCUCUUAACGAAGUUGAUCGUUUGCAGAAACGUAAUUUGGGUGGUGGCACUGUUCUCGAUUUGGGUAUUUAUACCAUACAAGUUUCACAGUGGGCCUUCCAGGAACCACCUCAGGAAAUCAAGGCUCAAGGUACUUUAAAUUCUGAAGGUGUGGAUGUUGAGGUUAAGGCCGAAUUACAUUAUCCGGGUAAACGUGUGGCUAGAAUGCAUUUAAGUGCAAAUGAUACUUUGGGUAAUAAUGCUGUUAUUAAAGGAUCAAAAGGUCAAAUAACUCUUAAACAAUUCUGGUGUCCCACCAAAAUCAUAGACAUCGAUGGCCAGGAAAAAGAAUGGGUUCUGCCCAAAGGUAAACAUCCCAUCAAUUUCAUUAACUCGGAAGGUAUGCGCUAUGAAGCUGAGGCUGUUAGACAAUCUAUUCUAGAGGGAAAACUGCAAAACGAUACUGUUAGCCACAAUGAUAGUUUAUUAUUUGCCCAAAUUGAAGAUGAAAUACGUGCUCAAGUUGGUGUCGUCUAUGACGAAGAUAAGGUGUAGUUUUCAGUUGUUUGGCAAGAAAUGUAAUUUUGGGGCUUAAACAAGGGUUUUUUGGUAAUGCUUUCUUAAUUCAAAGUGUUUUGUAUUUUAAAUAAAAAGACAGCUAAGAAAAGUGAA